GAGGGCUAAUAUCGCGGGGGCUCUAAAUCGACACUAAUAACGCUGUUCUCGCAGUAGACGAGCAAUAGUUUCAACGGCACUUAUUUAAGAGUCUAGAUCACCUAGGACUUUGGACUACAGAGAGCAAGUUAUCGUUCACGAGCGCUUUUAAGAUGGCAUCCCAGACGACUCAAGACGCCCAGCAUGAGAGCUUUCGGCAGUACCUACCAGAUCUAAACACUCCGCGGUUCCAGGCCAUCGCAAAGAAUGAUGCGUACGGCCAUGCGAAGGAACUCCUGGAGCAUCAUAGACCGCCUUGGCUAUAUGGGCUGUAUUUACAUUGGCGAAAAUUAUUCGAGGAGCCAUUUAAAGGUGUGACUAACGAUGGUGUCGUCCGGCCCAACCUCUUCGAGCUCCGCGACGAAGGCGUGCCCAUCGACGCCAUUACCAGCGCCGCCAACGCCAUCAUCGCGCAGCUGAGCGCCGAGCAGACGGUUCGCACACUCCUGCACAUCGACUCCCCGGAGUGGCGGUCGUGGUCGAACCCAGAGUUCCUCGUGAGCGACAAGGGGAUCCGACUAGACGAGAUCACGCCCUCGCUACGGGACUCCGUCCUGUCCCUCCUCGAAACCACUCUCAGCCCCGAGGGCUACGCCAAGGCCCGCGCGGCCAUGCGCAUCAACCAUUUUCUCGGGGAGCUGGUGAACGCGCCGAGGGUCAUGAACGAGCACAGCUACAACUUCGUGCUGUUCGGGACUCCCGCCGUCGACAGGCCCUGGGGCUUCUCGUUCUACGGCCACCACCUGUGUCUCAGCGUGUUCCUGCACAAGGCCCAGAUCGUCGUGUCCCCCUGGUUCACGGGCGCGGAGCCCAACGCCAUCGACUCCGGCCCGCACGCGGGCACGCGCAUCCUGCACGAAGAAGAGCGUCUAGGCCUGCAACUGAUGCAGAGCCUGAGCGCGGAGGACAAGAAACGCGCUACGGCCUACGAGGAAAUGAAAGAUCCCAACAUGCCCCGGGGCCGCUGGAACCACGACGACCAGCGGCACCUAUGCGGCGCGUACCGGGACAACCGCGUGGUUCCGUACGAAGGGGUUCUCGUGGGCACGCUGCCCCCCGCGCAGCAGGAUCUCGUGCGCGCGAUCCUGGCGCAGUACCUCUUGUACCUGCCGGCGCGGUCGCGCGAGCUCAGGGUGCGCGAUUGCGCGGCGCGCUUCGGUGAGACGUACUUCUCGUGGAUCGGAGGGCACGGGGACGCGGACCCGUUCUACUACCGCGUGCAGAGCCCCGUGAUGCUGGUCGAGUUCGACCACCACUCCGGGGUUUUCCUGAGUAACACCCGCCCGGCCAAGUUCCAUAUCCAUACUCUGCUGCGCACGCCGAAUGCGGGCGAUUAUGGCGUCGCGCUGAGGAACCAGAUUGAGCCGGCGGUGCAGCAGGAGUAUGUCUGGGAGGAGUAGCGUCUAGGUAGAUAUUUAUUUCUAUCUGGAUACCUACCUAGGUUAGGAAUGUAAAAUUGUAUGUGGGAAAAGGGGUAGUGGGAAAUACAUAUAGUAUGCGCUUCACUUCAACAUGAAUAGCUCCACAAAAGGAACAGUGUAGUAGAUAACGUUGAUGUAUCGAGGCCUAUUUGAAGCAUUCUGUUACAUGUUAACUUUGCUGUUGCCCUUUCCUCAGUUUAUUAGGUUGUG